AUGUCCCUGGCCGUAGAUAAUGGGUUGUGGGCCCCAGAUCAGGAAGCUAGAAGCGGAAUACGUGCAGCAAAGAUACUCAGCAGCUUGGGUGUGAUCGAGAUUGCGACCAGUGCACGUAACGUGUGCUCUCUGUGGGGGAAGAUUUGCAAGGACCCUCUCAUGUGGCGCACCAUUCACAUUUGCAACUUUAAUCCUUUACCCUGUUCUACAGCUGAGAAGAUUCAGAAGUUUUGUCGCUAUGCAAUUGAUCAGAGUCGUGGUCAUCUCGAAGAGUUUCAAAUUGCUUUUCUUGGCACCAAUGCUAUCCUCAAAUACCUUGCAAAUAGUACAAGUCAACUGACACGCUUGGGGCUUAUUUUGUGUGAGGAUAUAACAGAUGAGGGAUUGUUUUUCGUUGUUGAUAAGUGUCCACAGUUGGUGGAACUUGACAUUUACCUUUGUGAUAAUUGUUUGUAUUCUCUUGAAGCUGUUGGCCAAUUGUGCUCUAAUUUGACAACGUUGAAAUUUCAAGGUAUUGUUAACGAAAGUAGCAUGGCUGAUGUUAUUGCAUUUGCUAUUGCAAAAACCAUGCCCAACUUGCGCCAUCUUGAGAUAUUUGUAAACAAACUCACCAAUGAUGGUUUGCUUGCAAUUCUUAAUGGAUGCCAACACCUUGAAUCACUUGACUUGCGAGGUUGUGUAAAUCUUAAUUUGACCGCGAGUUUGAGCAAAAGGUGCAGUGAACAAGUUAAAGAUCUUAGGCUUCCACACUGCCUUAUGCUUGAAAGCUGUUAUUAUGAUGAUCUUGAUGAUCUUGUUGCAUGGCGGUUGGGGGUUUAA